AUGGACUAUCCCCAAACACCGCCUUUACAGCGACGCUCUUUUCGAGAGCCAACUUUAUAUGCACCAGAUUACAAGAAGAGAUCAAGCUCAUUGUCUCCAUUGAGAACUCGAAAUACAACCAGCUAUAAUAAAGCAAUAAUUUUGCCUUCUCUAAAUGAUGAAGAAGAUAUCAAGUCGGUAAUAUCUUCUUCAAACUUGACUAAAACCCAAUUAAAGAGUAUCUCCAAAAAUCCUUUAGCCAAAACACUCCACAUUGUUUCAUCCAACCCAAAUGCUCAAAAAUAUGGUAUUCCAGUACCAUUGACAAUAAGACUACCCCCAAAGUUGAGCUCACCGAGUGGCAGUAGUAGUCCUCUACAGUCUACGGCCUCUUCGGCUUCAUCUUCAUUACCAAACACUCCCAACAAACUGAGCUUUUCCCCAAAACUAAAGAAAAAGUCAAAACAGCAAAUAUUAAUCUACACGCCGCAGGGUUACGAGAAAGUCGAUACAUCACUGUCGUCAUCGUCGUCUUCUUCUGAAGAUGAAGCUUAUGAAUCAAUAUUGAAAAACCUUCCAAAAACUCCAGAAAAACCAACUACACCAAAGAAAUCUAAUCAAUCUCCUCCUCCUGUUGCCAACAAUAACACAAAAUACCUGAAAUUAGCCUUCCGUAACAAAGAGGUUGAUGAACUUAGUAUGAUUGAAGAAAUUUCCACUGCUGGAUUAUCACGAGCUUCCACGAUAAAACAAAUCGAAGUCUCCAAUCAAGCAAAUAAAAAGUCUCCCGUACGAAAUCUUGAUAAAAAACUUCCAUCAAUACCGCCUGACACUAAAAAUCCACCACUUGGCUCUGAAAUUGCGCCGUCCCCAUCUGCAAAUUUGCGAGAGUCAAAGAAGAACGAAUCGCAAACCUUCCAUGGUAUAGAGAGUGGUGCCAAAAAAGCGGCAGUAACCUCGAGUACAUCAUCUCCUCGACGUAAGCCGCCAUAUGCACGGGAACCUUUGAAGCCAGUUGACACGGAAUCUUCAAGUCAGUUAAACAAACCUCAAGCUGCAUCCUCAUCAGUCACCAAUUAUUCACUUAUUGCAAAGAUGUUACCAGACAGAUGCUUUAGCAAUGAGUCACAAAUAUCUUCUGUUAGCUCGUUCAGUUCUACGGGAGAGAUUGAUGUGCACUUUAGACAUCAUGCACAAUCACCUAGCAGUGAGAAUAUCUCCUCAGUAAGGGGAAAGCAAGUGGAACGAGCACCAAAAAGGUUUCAAUUGCCUGUACUGGGCGAGAAACGAGCCAACAACAACGCUUCCAAACCUUCAAUGGUACAACCAUCUUCUCGUAUUAUUUCCAAUACGAGUGAUGCGUCAACCAACUCUACUGACAGUAGUACAAUUAGUUGGAACUCGAUACAAAAGUCAAUUGAUAUGUCACUUGAUGGAAAGAGUAUUAAGCUGCCUGCUAAAAGUGAUAAAACUGUGACAAAGGACUCAAUACCAGAUGAGGUGAAAAGCAGAAGAGAAGAUGACAACGACAUUUGGACAGACAUCAGUGAUUCUGAAGAAAAUGAAGAAAAGAUUGAUGAAGAGGAGAAAGAAAGGGAAAAGAGUAUAGAGAAGGAGGUAGAAACCAAACAGUUGAGGCAAAAGGUGAAGAUAACCAAUAUUGGCUCAACACCUACAGCAACACCCACUCUACUUGAAGGAGAUAACAACACCCAACUUAUCGACAACAGUGAAUUAAACACAAGUUAUUACUUUCCAAAUAAUCUGCAAAAUAUUACCAAUAACACUAAAUUGCAAGCCAUGGAUCUUGAAGCAGAGACCCAGAGCAACAAGCUGAGAUACAGCUUUUACUCAAACGGUCAAAUUGAGAUACCGGAUUUAUCAGACAAGAGGAUUAUGGACCAAUACUCUACAAAAACCCCAUCAUCAUACAACGAAACUGUAUUUUCCGAACGGUUUACUGAAGCUUCGGUUUCAGAUUACGAAGACAAUGCACAUUUGCCAGAAAGGAUUAGAGUUCCAAGCAGAGGGGCAAUAGAACAUUUGGAGCAACAAUUCAGGCUACAUAAUAUCGAUGACGACUCGGAUACAGAACUAAAAAUAAAAAGCACAACUUUUGCUACUCCGAAACUUUCAACAACUUCAUCUUCACUGAUGUUUAAUUAUUCAUCACCUAUUAAACACAGAAGAGGUAAGUCUAUGCAUUCUAUUGAUUUUUCCAUUGAAAAAGAAUCAGUCCGACAAGUAAACCACAAUCGAUCAAAGUCUGCUGAUAUGUUGACAUCUUUUACAAGAGGGGGAGGAGAAGGUGGUGGUCAUCGACGAACCAAUUCGUUCGAUGCGUUGAAACAAAUCUCAUCACAUGAGGCCAAAAAGCAUGGCGGGCUGAAUGAUGAUGAUGUAGGCGAGGAAAUGAAUAUCAAGGUUGCCGAACCACCCAAAGUUGUAAAUUAUGCUGUGGAUUUCAAAGAAAAUAACUUAAAGGAUGAGAACUUUGGGAACAUAUUUGGCACCCCAAAGAUUCGUGGCUUUAUCCAGCAAGGGCAGGAAAGGUCAAGUUCCAAGCGUUACGUGAGUCCCAAGAGAAAAAAGCCAACAAGCGUUGAUAAUAGAUCAAGUAUGAACAUUGACAGUGCUAAGGCUGAUAUAACUGGAAAUAAACACGAACUUAGAACCAAUUUUACUUCGUCCCACAAGCCAGUAGUGGAAAAACAUAAUGAUAAACGAUCAAGGAAUACGCAUCACGAUAAUGAUGAGAAUGAUGAUGAUAAUAAUAAUAACAAUAAUAAUAACAAUAACAACAAUAAUGAUGAUGACCAUGAUGAUCAUGACGAGUUGCUAAGUCUUUACUCCAAUUAUCGUAACAACACGUGGUUGUUUGGUAUUGAUAGUAUAGAAUCAAAGCCAACAUCCUCUGAACUUCCCCAGUCUGGCAUCCAUUAUGAUCCGAAACUGGAGCCGAAGCAAACAAGUUUGUUCAGAAAUGGUAGUAAUAAUGAUAAUAGCAAGAAUAACAAUAUUAAUAAUAAUGCAAAAACCAUGUCUUACCUUACAAGUGGCAGUAAGAUUGUACAUGAGCUUAACAUGAAAAGAUCAAACACGGUGAGCAUACCUACCCCAAAGCUAAUUGGUCAGAGAAAUCAUAUCAACGGCAGUAGCGAUUCCAAGAGUUCUCUUCAAAAAAAGGACCGUGAGAAGAAUGAAAGUAAACGAGCUAGUAUGUCCACAAAAGACGAAAAGUACUUUGACUAUGCUAUGGAUGGCAAUUACAAUUUUGAUACGUUUAUUAAGGAGUACAAAAUAACGAGCAUAUGA